GCUGGGUGAAUAAGUUACAGGGUUACUGAAUGGGAAUUUUAAAAGGCUGCUGAUUUGUAAACGUGUUAUUCCAAUCUUUUAAAUCAGUCCCGUCACUUUUAGUCACUGGUGUCCAAAGUGUCGCUCCUGUGCACCUCUGAGGCACAGGUGGAACAACCAUGUCGACUGGCUCCACUGCAAGUGAUGCUGAGGAAUAUGAGACAGGCCACAGAAGGACCACCAUCCAUUUGAAGAACUCCGAGAGGAAAAUUACCCAUUACAAUCCAAACCAGGAUUCGGAUGAGGAGCUGGGAAAUGACAGUGUGGACAGGAUGAUCAAGCAGGAUCGAGGUAGAAUCUCCAAGGCGCACCAGAAGGAGGCGCGGCAGUCGCAGAGAAAUGCGGCCAACGCCCGGGAGAGGGCAAGGAUGAGAGUGCUGAGCAAAGCUUUCUCCAGACUAAAAACCAGCUUGCCCUGGGUCCCUGCGGACACCAAGCUGUCCAAAUUGGACACGCUGCGUCUUGCCUCCAGCUACAUUUCACACCUCAGACAGCUUCUGCAGGAUGACCGGUUUGAGGACAGCUUUGCGCACCCAGUCAAUCUGACAUGGCCAUUUAUGAUGACAGGAAGAUCAGAAGAAGACAUCUCAUCCACUGGAAGACUUUGUGGAGCAACGGCGUAGGUCAUCUCUCUUCAUGAAGCAACUCUUUAAAACCUGAAAAACACUUUAAAGUGACUCCUCUUUGAAAAAACUAUCUGCUUUAGAAUGACACCUCUGACCACUUUCUAUCCUAAGGAGUGGACUCAAAACUGUAACGUUGCAUGUUUCACAUAUUCACCGAGUGCUACUUCUUUGUCUUUAUAUGAUUUUAAAAGACUGGAUUUGAGUUUUUUGUUGUCUUUUUAUUAAUCUGUGG